AUGGCAGCGGUGGCGCCACCGCCAAACGAUCGCAAGCGGGUCAAGGUCUAUGAACUCAGAGAUAAUGACUGGUUUGAUAGAGGGACCGGCUUGUGCUCUGCUCAAGUUAUCGAUGAUGAACCGCGAAUCUACGUUGAGUCCGAGGAAGAACCUGAACGCAUGUUACUGGAGACCAGGGUUUGUAGGGAUGAUGGAUAUCAGAAGCAACAAGAGACGUUGAUCGUGUGGACCGAGGCAAGCGGCACAGAUAUGGCAUUAAGUUUCCAGGAGGCAGAGGGUUGCGCUGUCAUUUGGUUCUUCGUGAGCAAUGUUCAGCGACAAAUGAUAUCUUUCACGGGUCAAGAUGACUCCCUUUCCGAUGAUGCCCUUGACACUAGCUUCGGAAAUCCCGUCAUACUCCCAGCCCCAGACCUAGGAAAUCUUUCAGAUGUUGAGCAAAAAAUACGACAAGCCAGCAUCGGUCCUACACGAGAUUCACUCACCAAAUUUAUACUCCGCGAUGAAUACAUCCUCAAGCUUGUUCCCCUGGUUUUCGAUGCCGAAGACCUAGAAAGCCUCCCGGAUCUGCACCGGCUAUGUAAUAUUAUGAAGUCCAUUAUACUGCUCAACGACAAUACUCUCACCGAGCUGCUCGUGAACGAUCACGUUAUCAAUGGUGUCGCUGGCGCUCUGGAAUACGAUCCUGAUUUCCCCACUCACAAGGCAAACCAUCGUCAAUACCUCAAUGACCGCAGUCGCUUUAAACAAGUUGUUCCAAUCAAGGACCCAGUAGUCCUGCGCAAAAUCAGACACACUUGGCGCCUACAAUAUCUGAAAGACGUUGUACUGGCCCGAAUUCUCGACGACCCCACCUUCUCCGUACUAAACUCCCUAAUCUUCUUCAACCAAGUCGAUAUAGUCCAGCACCUCCAAAGUAACACCCAUUUCCUCCACGAACUCUUCGCCGUCUUCAACCCGAAAAAUGUAGACAACAAGCGGAAAGAAGAGGCAGUCCAAUUCCUCCAACAAUGCGCCGCCAUCGCCAAAAACCUCCAAGCUCCCGCACGUGGCAGCCUCUUCACCAACUUCAUCAGUCACGGCCUCUUCUCCGUCAUCGCGUUUUCCGUGAAGCACCCCAACCCCGCCAUAAGAACGACCGGCAUCGACAUCCUAGUUGCCCUGCUCGACCACGACCAGCUGAUGAUGCGCGGAUAUAUGCUCAAGGUCAUGAAUGAGAAUAAAGUGUCGCUGACAGAUAGGCUUAUAGAAUUGUUUCAUGCGGAGACAGAUUUGGGUGUUAAGAACCAAUUGGCGGAUGCAAUUAAGGCCACCCUAGACCCGCUGUUGCCGAUCCAGGAUCCGAAGAGUAGCACUGGAGCAGACUGUGCCUCGAAACUGCACCCGCAGAACCCGCCGCUACCGGGCGCUUUCGUGCAGAGCCAUUUCGAUGAAUUGGCGAAAAAGUUGUUUGCACCGUUCAAACUACUGGACGCUAGGAAAUCACUUAAUGAUCUUACGUUUCAAGAAGUCUCGCUUUAUUCGCAUCUUGUUGAUAUUCUCACUUUCUUUGUUAGGCAGCAUUAUUUACGAUGUCGAGGGUUUAUACAUGGGGAGUCACUUACGCCUAAGGUGGCGCAAAUGUUAACAGUGCCGCACAAACAUUUGAAACUAACCGCUGUGAAAUUCUUCCGUGCCUUGAUAAGCCUCCAAGAUACAUUCUACGUAGCGCAGAUGACCCACAACAACAUUUUCGAACUAAUCCUCAACAUUGUCUACGAAUCCAUGCCGCGAGACAACCUGCUGAACUCCGCCUGUCUGGAACUCUUCGAAUUCGUCAAACGCGAAAAUAUUAAGGCGAUAAUCAUACACGUCGUCGGGAAGCACAGAGAUGUUCUCAAGGACAUCACCUACGUUGACACGUUCCAGAAUCUGAUAUUGCGUUAUGAUCAGAUGCAAGGAUACGGCAAUACUGCUGAAGGUGCAGAUGCGACGCUAUUUAACCAGGAUGAGUCGGGUACAGCUGCUGUGCCGCGAAUGCUCAUCAACGGUGGGCAGCGAUGGCAUGGCAUUCGGGAGAUGGAUGCGGCGGAGGAAGAGUACUUCGAUAACUCGGAUGACGAGGAAGAUGAGGUAAGUUUCUUUCGUGAUAGUGAAGAAAAGAAAAGCGUGCAUGUCAAAGUUUUGCAUGCGCGUCGUCUCGGUGAAGAGACAGCGGUGCUUACUGUCGACUAUCAGCAGGAAAAGCAGCAACGAAUGGAUACGACUGUGACGGCGACCGCAACAACGAUGACGACAGGGGUCGCUGUCAACGGAUCUGCGUCGCCCGUCGUCAAACCUCUCGUCGAUUACCCUGACGACGAUGACGACGGCGACCCUAUGGACGUUAAUGUCCAGGAACAGCAGCCGGCAGAUCUAUUACCUUCCACCCUUGACCAAGCGCAGACACAGCCACAGCCACAAGCUCAACAACCACUCACUGAAACCACCUUCAUCACCACCUCAGACUCCAGCACGCACCCUCAACAGCAACUCCAACCAAACCCCCGCCUCCCCCCGCACCGCUACACCGAAAAACGUCGCCGCGAAGAAGACGACGACGACGACGAGCUCAUCAAGUUAUCCUCGGGCACGAAGCGGCGCAGCUCAAGUCUUAGCAGCGUCGGCUCCUCCAUGGGUAGCGGUGUUAGCGCUUUGAGGAAGAAGAAGAAUUUUUCGGCUGGGGAGAGGCUUGGUGAUGGCAGUAGUGGCGGUGAUGUGGUAUCGUCGAAUACGAAGUUGAAGACGAAGGCCGGGACGGGAGGUGGCACUGCUGCUGGUGGCGGUGGCGGCGGGCCGAAAAAGAUUUCCAUUAACCUGACCAUGUCGUCGUUGAAGGCAGGAGUUGCCGGGAAGAAUGCUUCACCGGGAAUGGGAGUCGCGGCAGAGGCGGUUGGGGACGUGGGGUCCGGGCCAGGGACGAAAGCGAAUAGUGCGGCCAUCGGCACUGCCACUCCCAUUGCUGAAGGACGGCAUGCAAAUAUCCCCCGAGAAGAAUGA